CUGGCACGCAGCCGUGUACCAGAAUUGUCAGUCGUCUGGCUCUUCCAUAACCCUCAAGGCAACUCCCUAAAAAUGUCGACCUUCUCGUCUACUCCCGUCGUCAUUGACGGCAAGGGCCACCUCCUCGGUCGCCUUGCCUCGAUCCUCGCCAAGCAGAUCCUCUCGGGCCAGAAGGUCUCGGUCGUCCGCUGCGAGGAGAUCAACGUCUCGGGCUCGUUCUUCCGCAACAAGCUCAAGUACCACGCUUACCUCCACAAGCGCCACAUUGUCAACCCCAAGAAGUCGGGUCCCUUCCACCACCGCGCUCCUUCCCGCAUCCUCUACAAGGCUGUCCGCGGCAUGGUCCCCCACAAGACCCCCCGUGGUGCCGCUGCCCUCCGCCGUCUUGAGCUCUUCGAGGGUGUCCCCCCCGCCCAGGACAAGGUCAAGAAGGUUGUUGUCCCCGCUGCCCUCCGCGUCCUCCGCCUCAAGCCCGGCCGCAAGUACGCCACCCUCAAGCGCAUCUCUCACGAGGUCGGCUGGGGCUACAAGGACGUUGUCGACCGCCUCGAGGAGAAGAGGAAGGUCAAGGGCCAGGCCUACUUCGAGCGCCAGCAGGCCGCUCGCAAGCUCCGCGCCAAGGCCGCCGCCUCGGUCCCCGAGAACGCUCUCCUCGCCAAGUUCGGCUACUAAGCGCUUUAUGGGCGUGUUAGUUUAGACGGACGGGGUCAUUGCGGGAGCGACGACGUUUGGGAUACCGGUAUUGGGUUACCAUGCACUGAGAUUCAAAAACACACCGCAUCCAUGGUGCCGCAGUAGUUGGUAUUCUGACGAUGUACUUUUGCCAUCA